UUAAACCAAUUACAGGUUUUUAGAAAGAACACCUUUGCAGAUGCAGACAUGUGGCAAUCAGUCUUAUGGCGUGAAGUCUUACAUAAGAGGCACGUUUAGCAGGGGACACAAGCACAAAUCCAUAUGGAGGAUGAAUCUCCUCCUUCUCAAGGAGUCAGUGUCAAGGUCUUGGAGGCAACGUUAUUGUCAGCCCUGAAGAUGCUGGAUGUUGGGAAAUGGCCAAUUUUUUCUCUCUGUUCCCAAGAAGAGCUCAAGUUAAUUCGUCAAGCCUGUGUAUUUGGCAGUGCUGGUAAUGAAGUGUUGUAUGCAACUGAAAAUGAUGAGGUUUUUGUGCUUGGCAUGAACUGCAGUGGGUGUUUGGGAACAGGUGACAUGCAGAGCACUAUUGAACCAAGGAGGUUAGAUUCUCUAUGUGGCAAAAAGAUAGCCUGUCUGAGUUAUGGAAGUGGCCCUCAUGUUGUUCUUGCUACAGAAGAAGGAGAAGUGUAUACAUGGGGUCAUAAUGCUUAUAGUCAGUUGGGCAAUGGUACAACAAAUCAUGGUUUCGUUCCCUGUCAAGUCUCUACUAACUUGGUGAACAAGAAAGUCAUUGAAGUUGCCUGUGGCUCUCAUCAUUCUAUGGUGUUAACAUCUGAUGGAGAGGUAUACACAUGGGGUUAUAAUAACUCAGGCCAGGUUGGAUCUGGUUCAACAGCUAAUCAACCAAUUCCUCGAAGAGUUACCAGCUGCCUACAAAAUAAAAUAGUAGUUAAUAUAGCUUGUGGACAGAUGUGCUCUAUGGCUGUGGUAGAAAAUGGAGAGGUCUAUGUCUGGGGUUACAAUGGUAAUGGCCAGCUUGGACUGGGCAGCAGCGGCAAUCAGCCAACACCAUGCCGAAUAGCAGCUUUGCAAGGCAUUCGUGUACAGCGGGUUGCCUGUGGCUAUGCACAUACAUUAGUGCUAACAGAUGAAGGUCAGAUUUAUGCCUGGGGAGCCAAUUCAUAUGGCCAGUUAGGUACUGGGAAUAAAAGUAACCAGUCUUACCCUACAACAGUUAUUGUGGAUAAGGACAGAGUUAUAGAGAUUGCAGCCUGCCACUCUGCUCACACGUCAGCUGCCAAGACCCAGAGCGGCCAGGUGUACAUGUGGGGCCAGUGCCGUGGGCAGUCAGUGAUCCUUCCCCACCUCACUCACUUUGCCUGCACUGACGAUGUGUUUGCUUGCUUUGCCACCCCUGCCGUUAUGUGGCGUCUUCUAUCAGUAGAGCCUGAUGACCAUCUAACAGUAGCCCAGUCACUAAAGAAGGAAUUCGACAACCCUGAAACUGCAGACCUGAAAUUUCUAGUGGAUGGAAAAUACAUUCAUGUUCAUAAAGUUCUUCUCAAAAUUAGGUGUGAACAUUUUCGUUCCAUACUGAAUAAUGAUGAUGAAAUUAUAGAAAUGAGUGAGUUUUCUUAUCCUGUUUACCGAGCCUUCCUGGAAUACCUGUAUACAGACAACAUUAGGCUCCCUCCUGAAGAUGCAAUAGGACUGCUAGAUUUGGCAACUCUGUAUAGAGAAAAUAGAUUGAAAAAGCUUUGCCAGCAAACGAUCAAACAAGGCAUUUGUGAAGAGAAUGCCAUUGCUCUUCUUUCCGCUGCUGUCAAAUAUGAAGCUCAGGACUUGGAAGAAUUUUGCUUCAGAUUUUGCAUAAACCAUUUAACUGUUGUUACACAAACUCAAGGCUUUGCAGAAAUGGACCACGACCUCCUGAAAAACUUCAUUAGCAAAGCAAGCAGAGUGGGAGCAUUCCGAAAUUGAGGUCUGACUACCACCAAGCUGAAGAGCACGUCCUCUUCCCUCCUGAAAAUACUUCUGCUUCGGUGAACUUAUCCACGGUCAGAAUGUGCAAAGGUUUGGAAAGAAAGACUCAGUGUCCAUCAGCUUAGGAAAUGUGUAAAAGUCCACUAACAUAUAGGUUUUGUAAAGAUGGCUACAGCAUAGAUGUAUGGUGAGAGUCCAUUGCCAACAGUCAGAAUUAAACAACAAAAAUCUAAUGCAGUAACUAUCCUUUCCCACUUAAAGUCAAGCAAACUAAGCUAUCAUUAUCUUGUCUGAGGGUUUUUUUUGGUUUUGUUUUUGUGGGUUUUUUUUUUUUAAAACAACCUGCAUUUGGAUUUUAUGGGACAGUGACCUGUUUGCUGCUAAAACUUUCAUAGUACACUUUUAUCACCAAACUAAGUUAAUAUGCCGUAGCGGGCUUCUUUGUACCUGGUUUAUCAUCCAGUGAAGAUACAAACUUGUUUUUCUGAACAUAUGAUAAAGUAAUAAAUUCUUUAGGAUGAGAGGCUUUCUGAUUGGUAGGA